UCUGACCAUGAUGAUUCCUUUUGCGAAGUUGAUGAUCUUGCAUGCGCAUUUUUUAUUAAUGUCCGGCUCUGUUCUCGCGGUGUACAUAUAUGCGUGCAAUUCGACAAUCAGGUUAUCACACUUUUCCAAGUGCAGAGAAUCGCUUACCAAAUGGAUCAUAUCAUUCAUCAAAUUAAUGGACCAGGAAGUAAUUCCAGAUGUCUUCGCGACAUUGAGAUUGCAAGUCCUCAGGAUAAGGAACAAAUCCUGUCCUGGAACUCCGAACCUCUCCAAUACAUCGAUGCUUGUGUUCACGACUAUAUUCAAGAGAAAGCCAGAGAAUUUCCCAACGACACAGCCAUCUACUCGUGGGAUGCAGAACUAACUUAUGGGCAAUUAGACGAAAUGUCAGACCGACUUGCUCCUUGCAUAUCAAAUUAUGGCAUAUCUCAGGGGUCGUUUGUAUCGCUCUGUUUCGAAAAAAGUGCUUGGGCAGUGGUUUCAAUUCUUGCUACCAUGAAGGCCGGAGCCGCAUUUGUUUUGAUCGAUC